UUCCAUGCUGCUGGGAAAUCAGUACAGGUUGCUUCAGCUUUUCAGAAAGUCAUAACCAAAAUGAAUUCAGCAACUUCUCUCAUGUGCUUUGCACUGCUGCUGAUUAGUCCUUUAUGCAUGGGCUAUACCGCCGAAGAUCGUGAAGCUGACAGCCGUAGGGUUGCUGAAAUUAUCAAAAACUCCCAGGACGACAACUCCAAAAUCAAUAGCAUCCAGGAAUUACUUGAUAUCUACAAGCGUUUAUAUCCCAGUUUGACCCCUGAGGAACGGGAGAGUAUCGAUAACUUCGUCAAUGAGCAUACGGAUGAAGUUCUAGUCGAUGGAGUUCCAAGUCAGGGAGGCCGGAAGACCAAGUUCGCUAAAAAGAUUUUAACUGAAGCUGCGAGGGGGGUUGCCACUGGGUUCUUUGAAGAACUUGGUUCAAAACUUUCUGGUUUGUUCUCUGGAUAAAAUCGUUUUAAUAAUUAUAUGGGUAUACCAAA